UUUUCCCUCGUCCUUUCUUUAGAGAAGUCGUGUGUUUUAUAUGAAAUACUGUGUUCAAUUGUUAAUAUCGUGAGGUACCAAUAAAGACUAGUGACAUCACAGUCUAAAAGAGCCACAAGCUCCAACUGACAUUAAUUGAGUGCGACGACGGGACCGCUCGCCGCGACUGUGCCAAUCUAACCUCGUUUGAAACACUCGUCUCACUAUCGACAACGCAGAACACAACAUAUUUUUUUUAAUGGCGAUCUACGUCGGCUUUAUCGUCGCUCUGGUUUUGGCUGCGCUGGUUAUCAUAUGGAUAGCUUACUGCAUGUUUGUUCGAGAGCGACAUAAAUCUGAGGUGUUCCACCACAAUAUUGCUGAUAUACAACACAAGAACUACGUUCUUCAAAUGGAAGAAGACGAGGAACCUAAGAAAGAUGUUAAGAAAGAUCUGGCUGUUGGUGUGUUCGUGCUGCCGUCACGACAUAAGCAGAAAACAGAGACUUACGACAAGAGGCCGGACUACCCAGAGAGUCCCGUCCACGUCACCCAUAGUACCGAUAAAUUGAUUAAUAUACUGAAUGACUCCGCCGACGACUUACACUACAAAGAUGGUAUUUAUGAGGUGGACUCACACCAGCCGUGCCACAGCGACGUGUAACACAUUGCACAACUAUGUGACAUCUCCUUAUUGGAUGCCCGCACCGACCACCUACAAUAACUCUAGAUAUAAGAAUGCAUUAUGCACAAUAGGUACAUAUAAUAUUAUAAGAUGUUUUUUACUGUUAUAAUAAAACUUGAAAACAGA